AUGACUAGCCUAAAGAGUGUAGACGCAUCCUGCUUUCUGCUCAACGACAUCCCUUUAGACCCGAUAACAGACCCUUCCAAAAAUACUGCCACAAACAGCGUACAUUAUAUUGGUAAUGGUGGUGCCAGGGCUCCUUGCAUUUCUCUGACGGAACAUACUGGAAAAUCAAAUCGACCGAAACGAAGAAAACUGUUGUCAAUAUGGCAGUACUUAACGUUACGCGGUUUAUUUCAGUUGUUAGGUCAAAGCGUCGGUGCUUAUCCAAUGGUGUACAUUGCAUUAUCUUUUUUGAUCUCAUCUUUUUCAUUUGGUAUGUUCAGUAUGGUAUUGAAAGAUCGUAUUCGUGAAGGAUAUACACCAGUGAAUGCUCCAUCUCAUUACGAAAUGAAUGUGAUGCGCGAAUUUUGGAACUCUUCAGGAGAUCCUAUGAUGAUGAUCGUCCUUUUGCGGUCAAAAGAUGGCGGUUCUAUGCUAAGGGACGAACAUCUGAGUGAGGUGGUUCGACUGCACGAUUUUUUAACUAGUAAUUUCUCAGCCAAAUACGGUAACACUUCGGUGAAAUACAGCGACUUUUGUAGAUCCUACUGCACCAUCAACUACAGUCUAACAAUGUUCAUCCAGUGGCUGGGUUUUGAAACUUUAAACCUUCAAAGAGGUUUGCCACUUUCAAACUCUACGACGUUAAGUUACCCACAAGCUAUUUUGGAUGGUCUGGAUGUCCAUAUAGAAAGACAUUUAUUUGGUGUUACACUGAAGAAACAGGUUGCAAAAGACGCCUUUGUCGGAAAAAACUUAACAAAGGAUAAGCUUCCGCCAGAUACCAAUUAUGCGCAGCUGCUUACUAAUAUGAACUCCGUGAAGGUCAUUUUAAUGGUUUAUCGGGGCGAUAAACUAAAUGAAACACUUGAUGAGGCUCUUACAACUUGGGAACUUGAAGCAUUCAAAUUCAGUCGGGAAAAAUAUAAUAAUGAUUUUAUUGACAUGCAGGUGAUAGGCACAGAGAUCUUAGAACAAGCAAUGACUAAAGAUGGUCAACGGCUAACGCCCUACUUUGCUGCUGGUUUCGGUUUUAUGAUGUUUUUUGUAACGGUUACUGUCUUAAUGAGCGCUGUAUUUUACGACGCACUGGACUGGGGAAAGGCACUUGUAGCGGGUGGUGCAAUUCUCUGCCCGAUUUUAUCAAUAACAACGACAUACGGAUUUAUAUCAUUGUUGGGCAUCCGGACAAAUUCUUUUAUGUUGGUAAUGCCGUUCCUGAUCAUGGGGAUAGGAGUCGAUGACGGCUUUCUGAUGAUACAUUCAUGGCAGCGUCUCGCGUUAUGCUCCAGCAGUGUAAGCGUUCGUCUUGGUCUUGUCUUUGAAGAAGUUGGGCCGUCGAUAACAAUCACUUCGUUGACCAAUUUUAUAUCUUUUGGAAUUGGAGCGCUGACUCCGACACCAGAGAUUCGAUUAUUUUGCAUAACGACUGCAACUGCUAUGGGCCUAGAUUAUCUUUAUGAAUUAAUCUUAUUCGGACCAAUUCUUGCAAUUGCCACUCGAUGUGAGAAAACAAAUAUUGGUUGUUCAGAGGCUUCAAAGGAUAUGGAGCAAAAAAGUCUCUCAGGAUGGCGUUAUGAAAUAGACUGUUUCAUGAAAUGGGUAUUGAAGAUUUAUUGUAAAAUGAUCGGACAUCGUAUUUUUACUAUAGUUAUAACUGUCGCGACGGUUCUAUACUGGUAUUUUGCUGUUAUUGGCGCUCUGAAGAUCAAAACUAGAUUAGAUACCGUGAAAAUUCUACCGAAAGACUCAGCUAUGCAAGCACCAAACCAGAUCCUCAAUGAUAUUGUGUGGGCAGAUUAUCACGCAGUGACUGUUUUGGUAAAUAAUCCAUUCGAUCUUCGAAAAGACGAUCAGUUAAAGCGGCUCAACCAGUUGGUGGGCGAGCUCGAGCAGCUUCCAAAGUGUAGAAAGCGGUCUACUCUGCUGUGGUUGAGAGACUAUGCAACUUUUUAUCACACGCCAAAAUUCUCAUUUGAGAACUUUUUCUUUGGAGCUGAUGUUGAAACAACAACGCCAUCAUUACUUCGUAACGGACAAUCUGGUUUGGAUUAUGAUAGAUUAGAAGAAUUUCUGGAUUCACUUCUUUAUUCACAUUGGAGGACGUUUUUAAAAACAGAGCAAACGAGAGAUGGUAUUCGCAUCAGAAAGUUUUGGUUUUCUGUCGCCUACCAGAAUAUGUCAUCUUGGGAGGAUAGAAUAGAUAUUAUGCAAACUUGGAGGAAAAUUGCUGGAAAAUAUAAGGAUCUUAACGUUACAGUAUGGGAAGCAAAUGGGAUGUUCGUUGACCAAAUGCUAAGCCUGAAAACAGUGGCUGUGCAGACUGGUAUACUGACACUUAUUUGUAUGGCAGUAGUUUGUACAAUAUUCAUUCCCAAUCCAUGUAGUGUCAUAACAGCUUCUAUUGCUAUCGCUUCCAUCAGUCUCGGUGUUUUCGGAUUUUUGUCGUGGUGGGGGUUUGAUUUGGAUCCAGUAACUAUGGCAGCUGUUCUUAUGUCUAUUGGUUUAUCAGUUGAUUUUACCGCCCAUGUAUCUUACCAUUAUCAGCUGACAAAUCGGAAAGAAAUACGAAACGGUAAAAUUGUUAAAAUACCAGUUAAGGGACCACAGGAGAAACUGGAACAUACUUUGCAAACUGUGGGUUGGCCAAUGAUACAGGCCGGUGCCUCUACAGUAAUGUGUGUGCUACCUCUGCUCUUUCUACAGAGUUACUCUCCAAUCGUUUUCCUAAAGACUAUUUUCUUGGUGGUUGCGUGGGGUUUGCUACAUGGCUUGUUGGUAUUACCAGCAUUCCUUGGAUCUUUGCCGGACUGUCUUACCAAUGCAAAUUGUUACCGAACGUUUCUUUCGACCAGCAGUGAACGUUCAUGUCGUUAUGCUGGUCCGGUGGAACUUGAGGGACAGGAAAAUGAGAUUAACGAAGUUGAGUAA